AUGUCUCCCUUACUUCAAGCUUUGGUGAGCGGCUUGGCUUUGGCCGGCUCCGCUAUUGCGACUGUCGAUCCUCUCGUUGCUUCACAGAUCUUGACUGAUCCUUAUGCCUAUGAUUUCCCUAUUCUGGGAGCCCCUGGCUCCUCUAUGUUUCCUAUGCGUAAAUGCCAUGGAUUCAACCUUGAAGAAGCCAGUGUGGAUGACCUCCAGCUUCGUUUGAGCAAUGGUACUUUCACCAGUGUUCAGCUGUUGGAGUGCUACCUCGAUCGUAUUGCUCAGACUCAGCCUUACCUGAAUGCUAUUCUGCAGCAUAACCCAGAUGCCUACCGCAUUGCUCAGAUGCUGGAUGAUGAGCGUGCUAAGGGUAAGGUUCGUGGUCCUCUCCACGGUAUUCCUUUCAUUGUCAAGGACAACAUUGCCUCCAAGGAUCGUAUGGAGACCACUGCUGGUUGCUGGGCUCUGCUCGGUAGCGUUGUUCCUCGUGACUCCUUCGUUGUCCACGGUAUGCGUAAGGCUGGUGCCCUUCUCUUGGGUAAGGGUGCCUUGAGUGAGUGGGCUGAUAUGCGUUCCAACAACUACUCUGAGGGUUUCAGUGCUCGUGGUGGUCAGUGCCGUAGCGCCUACAACUUCACUGUUAACCCCGGUGGUAGCAGCACUGGUCCCGGUGUUGCUGUCGGUGCCAAUUUGAUCCCUAUUGCUCUUGGUACCGAGACCGAUGGCAGUGUUAUCAACCCUGCUCAGCGUAACGCUAUCGUUGGUAUUAAGCCCACCGUUGGUCUGACUUCUCGUGAUGGUGUCAUCCCUGAGUCUCUCCACCAGGACACCAUCGGUACCUUCGGCAAGACUGUCCGUGAUGCUGUCUACGCUCUUGAUGCCAUCUACGGUGUUGACCCUCGCGAUAACUACACCCUCGCUCAGGAGGGUAACACCCCCAAGGACGGCUACACUCAGUUCCUGUCCAAGAAGGAUGCUCUUAAGGGUGCUGUCUUUGGUCUUCCCUGGAAGUCCUUCUGGGUUUAUGCCGAUGAUGUCCAGCGUACUCAGCUGGAGGAGCUUCUGGAUCUGAUCAAGUCCGCUGGUGCUACCAUCAUCAACGGUACCGAGCUUCCUCACUACAAGGAGAUCGUUUCUCCCGAUGGCUGGAACUGGGACUACGGUACCACUCGCGGCUUCCCCAACGAGUCUGAGUACUCCUACGUCAAGGUUGACUUCUACAACAACCUGCGCACCUACCUUGCCGACCUUAACAACACCAACAUCCGCUCUGUUGAGGACCUUGUCCAGAACAACAUCGACAACUACGGUUCUGAGGGUGGUUACCCCAGCAUUCACCCUGCCUUCGGCUCCGGCCAGGACGGUCUCAUUGCCUCUAUGGAGAGCAAGGGUAUCCAGAACUCCACCUACUGGUCUGCUCUGGCUUUCUGCCAGCGCACCACCCGUGAGGAGGGUAUCGACGCUGCCUUGAAGUGGAAGAACGGUACUCUGGAUGGUCUCCUGGUUCCUCCUGAUGUCGCUCAGUCUAUCCAGAUUGCUGCCCAGGCUGGUUACCCCGUUAUCACUGUCCCUGCUGGUACUGAGGAGGAGUCUGGCAUGCCCUACGGUCUUGCCAUCAUGAACACUGCUUUCUCUGAGCCUACCCUCAUCAAGUACGCUAGUGCUAUUGAGGAUCUUCAGAAGACCUCUGGCACCAAGUGGCAGCGUACUCUGCCCGAGUGGCGCGGAUACCUGGAGCGCAACCUCCCUGUUAUCAUGUAA